AUGCAUGUGGUUCCUCCUCCUACGCAGCGCACCGAUCCGUUACCCGGAUCUACAAACGGGUCUGAUGCACUCCGAAUUUACCAGACUUGGAAAGGAAGCAAUAAAUUUUUUCUUCAGGGAAGGUUUAUAUUUGGGCCAGAUGUGAGGUCAUUGGCACUCACUAUUUUCUUGAUUGUGGCUCCUGUCACCUUGUUUUGUGUAUUUGUUGCUAGAAAGCUGGUGGAUGAUUUUUCACAUCACUGGGGAAUAUCAAUAAUGGUUAUUGCUAUUGUUUUCACAUUUUAUGAUUUAAUUCUUCUCCUGCUAGCUUCUGGAAGAGAUCCGGGUAUAAUUCCUCGUAAUGCGCACCCCCCCGAACCUGAAAGCUAUGAAGGAAAUACAGAAGGAACCCCCCAGUUACGCUUGCCUCGCAUUAAGGAAGUUGAUGUUAAUGGGAUUACUGUGAAGAUUAAGUAUUGCGACACCUGCAUGCUUUACAGACCUCCCCGCUGCUCUCACUGUUCAAUAUGCAAUAACUGUGUUGAGCGAUUUGACCAUCACUGCCCUUGGGUUGGCCAAUGCGUUGGACUGAGGAAUUACCGGUUCUUCUUCAUGUUUGUCUUCUCGACGACUCUACUUUGUAUAUAUGUUUUUGGUUUCUGCUGGGUUUACAUAAAAAGGAUCAUGGAUUAUGAACGGACAUCAAUAUGGAAAGCGCUGAUCAAGACCCCUGCUUCCAUUGUUCUAGUCGUCUACACCUUUAUAUCAGUUUGGUUUGUUGGUGGUCUUACUGCAUUCCAUCUGUUUCUCAUCAGUACAAAUCAGACAACUUAUGAGAAUUUUAGGUAUAAAUAUGAUCGACGUGCCAAUCCCUAUAACAAAGGAGUUAUUCAGAACUUCAAGGAGAUACUUUGCAGUCCUACUCCUCCAUCUAAGAACAAUUUUAGGACAAAGGUCCCUGCAGAACCUGCUUUACCUGCCCGAACUGUCAGCGGGGGUUUCGUUAGUCCAAAUAUGGGGAAAGCUGCAGAUGAGAUUGAGAUGGGUAGGAAGGCGGUAUGGGGAGAUGUUGGUCCAGUGUUAGAUCAUCAUGAAGGGCGAUUGUCUGAAAAUGAUGGCUUAAACAGCAAAGAUGGUGGAUUAGGAGAAAUGUCCCCAGAGAUAAGGACUACUGUGGAUGAGGGUGAUCAUGCUGGAAUACAUCAUAGGAGAUCCAGUUGGGGAAGGAAAAGUGGAAACUGGGAAAUGUCGCCUGAGAUUCUGGCUUUGGCAUCUAGAAUGGGAGAACCAAACCGAACAGGUGGUGGUGGGAGCAGCAACAUCUCUCGACCAUCCGAACCUAAGUUGUAA